UACAAUAUUGGCGACGAGGAUGGCUGAUAUCUCUCUCCCACCACCUGCCCCCUUCCUGGCAUUACCUGGCGAGCCUCCGGUACCAUGGACUCGCUGGCUACAUAGUUUUGAAAAUUACAUCAUCGCCUCAGGGCUCGACGACGUAAGCCAGGCUAGGAAGACGGCUCUGUUGCUUCACUGCUUGGGAGCAGAGGGUCAUCGUGUGCUCGGGACUCUGGGGAACGUCACAAGCUUUGCCGAAGCUGUGGGACUUAUGAGCACCCAUUUCACUGCUCCACAGAGUGCCCUCCUCGGCGAUUUAUAUUCCGUCAGCGACACCAACUGCCUGGUGAGUCUGUGCGGCAGUACGUAGCUAAUUUGCGAGGGCUAGCUAGCUCAUGCAAGUUUGGCCCGCUUCAGGACGAGAUGGUUCGCGACCAGCUAAUCGAACACACCAACAACGCAAAGGUGCGUGAGACUCUCCUGCUGGAAAAAGACGAUCUGCUGCUGUCCAGAGCAAUUACCAUCGCACUACAGGUUGAGGGAGCAGCUGAGUGUGCUGCUAUGCUAAAUACACAGCAAGUGGCCACCUCCAGUCAAGCUGCCAACGACUCCUCCCUCUACUCACGGCUGCCCCUCGGGACGCAACCCAGCCAGAGCGAGGCGGGCGGCGAUAUUAUGAACCCUACAUAGCCCUCGCCAAAAUCCCGUACCCUGUCCCAAAUCUCGCGAACGGACGCCGGAUUUCCGCUGCGUUGCUAAGGAAACAAUCAACUAUCAACUCGGUGCGAAGCAAAGCUAACGUUAGCUACCUUCAAUUUUGUAAUUUUGUAUUUUUCGCAAUUUUGGACAGCUGGCUGCUUUUGUAAUUUUGGACUGCUGGCUGUCAACAACAGAACGGAGGUUGAUUACAGAUGUCAACACAAGACACACUGCUCCGGGCCCAAGGACACACGCUGUCCUGCCACCAUGACUGUGGUCCUGAAAAGGAGUACAGAGGACAGGAGGUCAAGAUCAACAGAUCGUCAUUUGGGGGAAGGGUACCUGCUUCAGGUGAAAUGGAACAACAACCACAACCACCUUCUUAUUAGUGCGGAUGCUCUAAGGAAGAGAGAUGUUUCCAAAGAGACAGUGGAGCGUUUGAGUGACCUUUUCCAACAAGGCCAAUCCCCCUCAUCUGCCCUUGACACAAUAAAAUAUGACCUGCAGGAGGAGAAAGGUGACGACUAUUUUCUGGUGGCUGCAGAUCGGUCAAUUGUUCCUGACCCUGGGUUUUGCUACAGGCUGUACUACAAAAUCUUCGCAAAGGCCUAUGGAGUUCCCUCAGGCGAAGGGAUGGCUGUGGAUCUUCAAAAAAGAUUAGACGCCAUCAACCAGGAGCACGGUGGCAGAUGUGCUCAGAUGGAGGUAAAGGAUGGACAGCUCAUAGUGGCCAUUUGUACACCCGUUAUGCAGCGUGUCCAUGCAGCAGUCCAGCAGAGCGGAGAGCUAGUCUUUGUCGAUUCCUCAGGGAAUUGUGACCGGGAGAACCAUCGCAUUUUCUUGCUGAUGACACACUGUGCCGUAGGGGGGGUCCCUUUAGGUGUUCUCAUCACAACAUCUGAAAAUACACCAACGCUGCAGGCUGGAUUCACUCUACUCAAAGGUCUUCUGCCACCAGACGGCUUCUUUGGACGUGGCAUGGAGGGCCCCCAGACCAUCAUGACGGACGACUGUGCUGCCCUCCGCCAGUCCCUCCAUGCCACCUUCCCGACAUCCAGGCUGCUGCUCUGUACAUUCCACCUGCUGCAGGCAAUGUGGCGUUGGCUUUUGGACAGCCACAAUAAGAUUGUCAAAGAGGACCGACCCCAGCUGUUGACCGAGUUCAGGCGCCUGGUGUAUGUGAGCACGGAGGGGGAGCUGUCUGCUGCAUAUGCUGAGUUGAACAAUGGGAUUCUCGCUAAAAAAUACCCAAACUUCCUCAAGCAUGUGGCAAAGGUGUAUGGGAGACGCGAGGAGUGGGCCCUGUGCUUGCGCACACAUCUAGUUACUCAUGGGAACAACACGAAUAAUUAUGUCGAGAGUGCCAUGAAGGUUAUCAAAGACAAUGUGCUGCACAGGCUUAAGGCCUACAAUCUUUCCCAACUGGUUGACUUUAUGGUGACCCGGUUCGAGGACUAUUACAUCAGGCGCCUCACUGAUUUUGCCAACAACAGGGUGGUCAGGCGGCAACCAAGGCCAUCUACCUCAGAUGUGGACUGCCAGAGAAUCACACGGGAGGACGACACCAACUUCACUGUCCCCAGUGGAUCAGGUACCACCUGGUACCAUGUGAACACAUCACUGAGUGUGUGUACGUGUGCUGUUGGGGUGACCGGUGCAAACUGCAAACACCAAAAUGCAGUCGUUUGUACAUUCAAUGUCAACGAGGCAAUACCGGCAACCAGUACACCUCAACUGCGGAGAAUGUUCCACGAGAUUGCCUCUGGCAGACCCACUCCAGAGCACUGGUUUGAAAGUCUGGCCUUUCAAACGCCUGUGAUGGAAGAACACCUUGGAGAUGGAGAUUCUGCUGGGACUGCUCCGACCCUCUCAGGCGAACCACCCUCACAUCAAGAUGAGGCAUCAAGAUGAGGCAUCUGAUGCUACCUAUGAAGCUACUAGCAGCUCAGUAGCUGGAACAAGCACAUCAGACACAGAGGACCUGAAGAGGCAGCUGGAUGACUUUGUUGGAGACCUGAAAAGGAAGUUGGAGGAGGAUGAGAGCUACAGCGCACCUGUUAAGGCUUUUCUGUCCACUUUCUCAAAGCUCCACACAGACUCAGCCAUCCAGUCUGCUUUGUUCUCCAUAGGGAAAGCACCACAAGCCCAACCGAUGGGACGGAAGAGACCAAGGGGUUUCCUCCAAACAACCACCACAAUAGGUGUCCAACCUACAGCGGUGAGACGAAGAAAGACCCCUUUGGGUGGGAGGAGAAGCCUUGGAGCCGGCCGGCCCCCAAAAAGCUCUAAGAAGGAGCACGGCUACCACAAGAAGGGAAGAGCAAAGCCCGCACCUCACAAUCUUUCCUUCUGUGUCCAAGAAAACAGUGCCUUAGGGAAGACACACUGAGGGCCAUAUGCAUGCACAUGAUAGAGUGAUAUACUGUACAUCCAGUCUCCUUUAUAAAUGCACUAGCAACCUAAUGAUUUUUUUCUCUCUUUUUAGAGAAAUAUUGUAAUUGAGCACAAUUUGCUGGUAGAUUGUUCACUUAUGUUCAUGUUUUAGCUUAAUAUCCCAUUAGAAGUAUCCAACUAUUUUAGUACUAUUUCCCAUAAGGAAUACCCAACUACUGUAGAUGCCUCAUAGAGGUUAGAGCCUAUGACAGACUCACACCUAUAACACGAGCAUGUUGUCAAUAGAUUUUUUUUUAGCAGUUAAAAAGGACAAGUGAUACUUGGUAAAGUGCUUGCUUUUGUUUCUAAUAUGAAUAAUAGUAAUAACUACCGUAUUUUCAGGUGUAUAAGUCGCACCGGUGUAUAAGGCCAAAAUAUUUUCAUAUAUAAGUCGCACCUGUGUAUAAGUCGCAGGGCCUGGCAAACUAUGUAAAAAGGUGCGACUUAUACACCGAAAAAUAUGGUAACUAUAUUGAUUCAGCAAUAGCACUUUCCAGUGACCAAUGACGUACAAAUGGACCUCCAUGAACUGAUUUGUGUCAGGUACCUGGGUGUUGAAGGUUAAAAAAAAGCUAUAGCUUUCCACAUAUUGGCUCAGCUCAGCUCAGCCCUGUUCUUAGCUUUGUGCAGAAGCUCCUCUACUCCCUAAAAGGAAAUGGGCUCCAUUGCUUGGGCGCAGGUCCUAUAGCUCAAAACUAUGGUUUCUUGAGGAACCCCAGGGACUCCUUGCCAUUAGAAUGGCAAUCUAGGUUGGUGACGGUGUUAUUUGAAUUCAUCUAUUUGAAAAAGAGCUUGAGAACAAAAACGGUUGUUGGGCCCUGAGCCCCUAUUGGCGGAGGUCCAGUCCCAUCGUAAGGAGUCAUGUUAAGACAUAAGGGGCUGGCUUAUCUGUCUGGCCAGACAGAUUCCCUGUUCCAUCAGGGAACAAAGUGUUAAGUUGCGAGAUCCCAGCAGACUAGUCGCACAUGAUAGUGUGAUAUACUGUACAUCCAAUCUCCUUUAUAAAUGCAGUAGCAACCUAAUGAUUUUUUUCUCUCUCCUUUUAGAAUUGUAAUAAUACAGUCAAAAUUGUAAUAAAUUUCAUGA